AUGCCUGGUGUCACUCAUUCCCAAUCAUUGUUGCCGGGAGCCACCGCCCAGCUCUGGUCGAAGCCCAAGACUUCAAAGGCGCCCCUCCAGGACGACAUUCUGCGAAGGUAUCGCCCGUCGUUUCAUCCGCUUCUUCAAGCGGUGAAACUCCAGCAAGAAUAUUAUCGCAGAGCGCUGGAGAAGAACGACGAAGAUCAGAAGAUCGUAGCUCUGAGAGCCGCCUCGACGGCUCAAACCGGCCUCCUCAGGGUUAUGAACCUGGAGGAAUUCCUUACCCUAUUCGAGAACUGGAAUCCGGUAUCGGAGUACCAAGACUACCUGACAGGACAGUCGGGCAAGGAUUACUGGAGGAAAGAAGGGAUCCCGACGACUCCCUCCCAAGCCCCAGAGGCCCUGAUGAGACCACCGGAAGAGAACCAAGAACAACCGACGAUCAACUCGUCCACUCAACCUCCGGCCGCGAUGCACCAUCCUCAGGGAGGGUACUACUACCCCCCGACGAAUCCGCAAGCCCAACAGCCGUACUGGAAUCAACCGAGCUAUCCAGUGAAAGCUCAGGGUUACCAGUACCAUCCUCCGGCAAACUACCAACAUCCGACGAGUGGCCAAGAUCACCCAGCGUCGGCGACAGGCGGACCGACCACUUUCCAGUCCAAUCAAAGCAGAGGUCGCAGAAGGAACUCCAACCGCAGGCGCAACCAAAGUCACAGAGGUCCCGAUUGGCUUCCCAGGCCUGGUCCCAACCGAGCCCCUCAGAACUCGAACGCAGGGAGCAGCAGAGAAGCGAGAAGACGAUCUCAUCAGAUCUCGAUCCAUCGAGAGAUGAUUCGUCUCAACAGGACCACUCAGGCCCAAUUCCAAGCCUUGGAAUCGAUGCGCGACCAGAACGCCGGGUAA